AUGCCAUACAUAGGAUGGGUGGAGCUUAACUUUAGACUGUUGUCGUCUAAGGAGGAAUUGGCAGUUCCCUUUCUUGUUACAGACCAAUCAUUAGACACGCCAAUAAUCGGCUUUAACGUGAUUGAGGAGAUUGUUAAAACCAGUAGUGAGGAUGCUAUGCUACAUCAAGAAAUUACUUCAAGUUUUACUGAGUUAAAUGGUAAGAAUGCUUCAGCAUUAGUGAAUUUUAUCCAAAGCCGUAAUCAAAGUGAUCUCUGCUUGAUCAAGACCAUGAAGCAUGAUACUAUUAUACCUCCCAGACAAAGUCAAAGUGUGACUUGCAGAGCAAACACAGGGCCUGUAGAGAGAACUACUCCAGUACUGUUUGAACCGGAUGAGUCUAACCCAUGGCCUAGCGGGUUAGAGAUUACAGAGACUUUGUUGACUGUAAAGAAAGGGAAAUCAAGUAAAGUGGAAAUUGACAUUGUUAACAAUACCAACCAUGAUAUCAGACUCCCGGGACGAACCUUGCUCGGGCGACUACAACUUGUACAAUCAGUUACACCAGUAGAAGUUAGGUUAAAGGACUCAAAUGGGAACAUGAAAACACCUGAUGAAGAGAGUACAGAAGCAAAAGUUCCUGAUCAGGCUACAACAUGUACUGGAAACGCCGGAGGCCCACUGCUUAUACCUCCACAUGCUGAAGAACCUUUGAGUACUCCAUCACACAUAAAAGACAUAGACCUAAGUGGUCUUAAUGCCCAUCAGAAGGAAGUGGCACUUAAAUUACUUACCGAGGAAGCAGAGUCAUUUGCAAGGGAUGACAGUGAUGUUGGCUGUAUUAGAGACCUUGAGUUAAACUUGGAUCUUGAGGAUCAAACCCCUGUUCAGAAGAACUAUGUGGCAGUGCCAAAACCACUAUACCCAGAGGUAAAGGCUUAUAUUGAAGAUUUGUUAAAUCGUGACUUCAUCCGAAAGUCCUCCUCGUCUUACAGCUCACCGGUUGUUUGUGUCAGAAAGAAGGACCAAAGUUUGCGGCUAUGCGUGGAUUACAGAGCAUUGAACAAGAAAACGCGACCUGAUCGCCAUCCGAUACCGAGGAUUCAAGAGACUUUAGAUAAUCUCGGUGGGAACUCUUGGUUUUCAGUACUAGACCAGGGCAAAGCUUACCAUCAAGGAUUCAUGAGCGCUAAAAGUCAGCCUUAUACAGCAUUUAUCACUCCAUGGGGUCUCUACGAAUGGGUGAGGAUCCCAUUCGGACUCUCCCGAGCCCCAGGGGCUUUCCAACGAUUUAUGGAGAACUGUCUAGGAGACUUGCGGGAUACUGUUUGUAUACCCUAUCUGGACGAUAUAAUCAUAUUCAGUGCGUCCUUUGAGGAACAUGUUGAACAUACACGCAAAGUCCUGCGUCGACUGCGAGAGCAUGGAGUUAAACUCAAACCGCGGAAGUGUAAACCGUUCAAAAAAGAAGUUGUAUUUCUUGGACGCGUGGUGUCUGAGGAGGGCUACAAGCUAGACACCUCCAGUAUCAAGCCAGUGCUUUCUCUCAAGGAAUCAUCUCCCAAGACAGUUAAUGAAGUGCGCAAACUAAUGGGGUUCUUAAACUACUACCGUCGAUAUAUAAAGAACUUCUCAAAAAUUGCAAAACCAAUCUAUGAUUUAAUCAAGAUAACAGAUCACCCUUCUGAAGAGUCCAUGAGAGAAAAACCAAGGCAAGGCAAGAAGAACCCUUCACAGUUACCGCCAAGGCACCCAGUUGUCUGGACCAGCUCUCACCAAUCCGCACUAGAUAAACUUAUCGAUUGUCUGACGUGUGCUCCAGUCAUGGCCUACCCAAACUUUAAGAAACUGUUUGUCCUUCAUACAGAUGCCUCUAAGGAUGGGCUUGGUGCUGUGCUGUACCAACACCAAAAUGAUAUCCUUCGCGUUGUUGCUUAUGGGUCACGCACUUUGACUCCUGCCGAGAAGAAUUACCACUUACAUUCUGGAAAGUUGGAGUUCCUUGCACUAAAGUGGGCCAUCUGUGACCAGUUUAGAGAUUACCUUUAUUACGCCCCAAGCUUCAAAGUGUACACAGAUAAUAAUCCGCUUACUUAUGUCCUGUCCUCGGCUAAACUUAACGCGACAGGCCUCCGCUGGAUAGGUGACUUGGCUGAUUUUAAUUUCAAAAUUCACUACCGACCGGGAAAAGCGAACAUUGAUGCUGAUACAUUGUCGCGAAUGGCGCUUGAUGAUAUUGCUUAUAUGGAGUCGUGCACAGAGGUUAUACCGCAUGAAGUCCUCCAGACUGUCGUGUGUUCUGCAAAGCUUCAAGAGGAAGGAACAGUGAAUUGGAUCUCAGCUCUUUCAGGAGACCCUGCUACACUCGAAUCAGAUAUGUCUGACGGAGGAAAACCUAGUGUACCGCAACUUGACGUAAAACAAGCACAAACUGAGGAUCCAGUCAUCAAUCGAGUAAGAGAGUUGAUUCAGUGUGGAUUGCGCCCAACGACAGCCGAGAGAAAGAAAGAGCCAAGGGAUGUGCAGCUGCUCCUUCAUGAAUGGAAUAGCCUGUCAGUUGACAAGGAUGGGAUACUCCAACGGUGCACAAGAAGUCGUACUCAAAUCCUCAUUCCAAAAAAAACUGCGCUCACUGAUUCUUAAGGAGUUGCAUGAGAAAAUGGGUCAUCUCGGAGCGGAUCGCACUUUACACCUAGCCAGAGAGCGCUUCUAUUGGCCACACAUGCAGAGCGACAUUGAGCACUACAUUUGGCAUGUCUGUCAAUGUGUUAAACGUAAACCUCCGACUCUCAAGAUCAGGGCUCCAUUACAACCCAUUACCACUACUGCACCGUUCGAACUGAUUGCUAUCGACUUUCUCCAUCUGGAGAAGAGCAGUGGAGGGUACGAAUAUAUUCUUGUUGUGAUGGACCACUUUACUCGCUAUGCGCAAGCUUAUGCUACAAAGAACAAGUCAGCCAGAACAGUCGCUCAGAAGCUUUACAAUGAUUUUGUCCUUCGAUUCGGCUUUCCUUUAAAGAUUCACCAUGACCAGGGAGGAGAGUUCGAAAAUCGUCUUCACCGAGAGCUAGAGAAGUUGUGCGGCGUGGGACACUCCCGCACCACCCCUUAUCAUCCACAAGGGAACGGACAAGUUGAACGAUUCAACCGCACUUUGUUGAAUAUGCUCCGCACCCUACCAGAGACACAGAAAUCACGAUGGGCAGAUCACCUUAAUCAAGUCGUACACGCCUUUAAUUGCACGAAGAACGAGGCUACUGGUUUCUCUCCUUUUUAUCUGCUAUUUGGCCGCCACCCUCGUCUGCCAAUCGACCUGAUCUUUGGCAUUGACAGGACAGGUAACCAAGGCAGCCAUACUCAAUUUGCAGCGCAGUGGCAGAAGGCGAUGUCAGAGGCUUAUGAACUAGCAAGCAAACGGGUAAAUGAAGGGAGCGACAGAGCCAAACAACGCUAUGAUCAUCAUGUCCGAAGUUCAGUGUUGCACCCCGGGGAUAGAGUGCUUGUGCGGAAUUUAAGCGAACGGGGCGGCCCAGGUAAACUUCGCUCGCACUGGGAAGACCGAAUUCAUGUGGUGGUUAGUCGUAAAGGUGAGGACAGUCCAGUCUAUGAGGUCAAACCUGAGACAGGUCCUGGUGGAACAUGAAUUCUACACAGAAACCUGUUGCUGCCAUGUAACCAUCUACCAGUAGAUGUUGCGAGUAAGACCCCUCACAGACAGAAGUCUCGGAAAGAAAUUAGGAGAGAGACAAAUCACGCGCCUACAACACUUGUGGAAGAGUCGUCAGACGACGAAAGUGAGCAUUACGAGUUGAACUUCGAACCUGAACGGCAACCCGAACUACAAACUGACCAUUCCGCAGAGUCAGUCUCCGAGGAUAUUGCUUGGGAAUCAGCGACCGUCUCAGACAGAGGAGAGGGAGAAGAUGGUUGCUCGGCAGAUGAAGAGCAGGAACAUCACCCCCCUGUUGAGGAGACAGCACCCUUCCCUGCAGCGAGUGAGAAUGAGGAAGGACCAUCGACCCCAGGUAACACUAGUCAGGAAGACGCCUCUAUAGCAGAGUCUAGACCUCAGCGUGACAGACGUUCCCCAGCGGUCUUGACUUAUGACACCCUUGGAAACCCAGUGUACCAGGCUAGAGCUGUUGUGCAAUCACUUACCAAUGACAGUGCACCGUUACCAUCUACUCCAUAUGCCCAAGGUCCUCCUCUUGCGUGGCAAACAAGUGUACCAGCUACCUGGCAGCCCCUACCACCAAUGACCAUGCAGCCGUUUCCUUCAUUUCAUUAUCCAAUGAUCUUUGGCUACCAGGGGAUGCCUCCAGCAAACUUUAGUUACCCAGCGAAC